AUGAUGGCAGACAGGAGACGGGUCAAUGGCCCUCCAGGUGGCACUAGGCCAGCUGUUUUCACAGCUGACUUGAGGUCAGGUGCAAGUGCAACGGACCGUGCCCAGCGCCAGCGCCAGCCUUCCGAGCUAAGGAAAAUUUUUUUGAAAACGGGUCUCAUUCCUACAGCUUCUGGCUCAUCAUACCUUGAAUUUGAGCCAUCCGCCUCACUUGCUGCUGCCCGCGCAAAUCCCAAAUCUUUGAUUCCUCCAUCAUCGGCUCUGAAGCUCGCAUGCACCGUCCACGGACCAAAGCCACUGCCGCGAUCGGCUGCUUUCUCGCCAAACAUUGUUCUCACAACCCAUGUAAAAUACGCUCCUUUCGCUGCUCGUCAACGAAAGGGACAUAUUCGGGACUCGGGUGAGCGUGAUUUGGGAGUACACCUCGAAACCGCCCUCCGCGGAGCUAUCAUUGCAGAACGAUGGCCGAAGAGUGGAUUGGAUAUCACAGUCACCAUUCUUGAGGCUGAGGACGACAGGUGGUGGGGUAGUGCUCCCGAUUCUCACGACGCCUCGUGGGGAAUGAUGAAUGUUCUCGCUGGCUGUAUCACGGCUGCUUCAGCUGCAAUUGCCGACGCUCACAUCGAUUGCCUGGACCUCGUGGCCGGUGGUGUUUCUGCUCUGGUUGCGGAUGAAAAUGACGGCAAUGCUUUGGGUACGACAAAACUCAUGUUGGACACGGAUCCCGCCGAGCACCGUUCUAUUCUCUCCGCUUGCGUUGUGGCGUACAUGCCUGCUCGUGACGAGAUCACAGAACUCUGGCUCAAAGGAGACAGCUCUAAGGCAUCUCUUGAAGAAGGGGAUGGUCGAACUGGGCAUGAUGCAUUGAUUGAUGGUGCUGUGGACGCUGCCCGGGGGGCACACACAGUCCUCGCCGAGGCUGUGCGAGAAUCUCUCCUCAAGAAUCUCGGCCAGACCUGA